CGAAAAGUACCAUCUCGAUUAAGCUCUUUGGUGAUGGACUACCGGCAUGCCUAAAAUUGAGUCGGCUAUCAAUCUGCUCCUGCAGGAAGCAGAGGAUCUGUGCAUUGGCACCAGAGUGGUGGAGCUCGACCGGGUGCCCACUGCCUUGGAGUUCUGCCGGGAGUUCUACGGCAAGAACCAGCCGGUCGUCAUUCGCAAAGCACUUUCGUGGCCGGCGAUCGGAAAGUGGACUCCGGAGUACCUGGUCAAAGCCCUCAAUGACAAGAUUGUGGACGUAGCCAUAACCCCAAACGGGUACGCCGACGGCCUGGCUUGUCAGGAUGGCAAGGAGUACUUCGUGCUGCCUAUGGAAACAAAGAUGAAACUCUCACAGGUGAUCCACCGUCUUGACGAUCCCAUGGGCCCCGUGCACUACAUUCAGAAACAGAACUCGAACCUCAGCCAGGACCUGCCCGAACUAGCCAAGGACCUGCGGAUCAGUGACCUCGACUUCGCCCAGCAGUCCUUCAACAAACCACCUGAUGCGGUUAAUUUUUGGCUGGGAGAUGAGCGUGCCGUGACCUCCAUGCACAAAGAUCCGUACGAGAACCUUUACUGUGUUGUAUCCGGACACAAGGACUUUAUCCUGAUUCCCCCACAUCAGCUGAGCUGUGUGCCCCGAAGCUUGUAUCCCACUGGCGUCUACCGCACCACUGACAAUGGACAAUUCUCCAUAGAGCCAUUUAGGGACGAGGACGGCUGCGAACAGCUCACAGAGUGGGUCAGCAUAGACCCCCUAGCGCCAGACCUAGCUCGGUUCCCAGAGUACUCCCGCGCCAGGCCCCUGCACGUGCGGGUCAACGCAGGGGACAUCCUUUACCUGCCCAACUACUGGUUCCACCACGUGCGCCAGAGUCACAAGUGCAUUGCCGUCAACUUUUGGUACGAUCUCGACUACGACAGUCGGUACUGCUACUUCCGUAUGCUGGAGGAGCUUACCAGCAAGACCAGCUAGGAACUGCCUAUAUUAAA